CCUUCGUUUCAGCCAUGGGAUCUUCUGAAGCUACGACCCGCCGAAGAGUGAAACUUUAUAUGCUAAACGAUGAAAGGCAAUGGGACGACAAAGGCACUGGGCACGUAUCUGCUGUAUGCACUGAACAGGAUAAUAUGGCCCUUGUUGUUAUCUCAGAAACUGAUGGUUCCUAUCUUUUGGAAUCGAGGAUACUCCCAGAUACCGCCUAUCAGAAACAGCAGGAGACACUCAUCGUUUGGUCUGAAGGUGACAACAUGGAUCUCGCCCUCUCUUUUCAAGAAAAAGUUGGAUGUGAUGAUGUUUGGGAAAAAAUAUGUGCGGUACAGGGUAAAGAUCCUUCUGUCGAGAUAACCCAGGAAGUCGUGGAUGAAUCGGAUGACGCAGAUGACACUGACGGUUACACACCAAUUGUGAUACAAAGUGUACAGCCUCUUCCACUCCCCCCAUGUGAAUUCAGUCAUUUAGAAGAAACAGUCGAUCUAAUCAUCCAAGCAGUCCUCUCACCACAGAAGCGAGAACGACUAGUGGUUUUGCUGGAAUCUACAAACUAUCUGAACCAGCUGGUAGAUCUGUUUCAUAAAGCCGAAGAUUUGGAAGAUUUGAAGUCCUUGCACCAUCUGUACGAAAUUAUGCGACAACUUAUUUUAAUCAAUAAACACAGUUUCUAUGAGACGUUAUUUGCUGAAGAUAUGCUUAUGGAUGUAAUAGGCAUGCUUGAGUACAAUCCUGCUGGAAGGACGAAACACCGGGACUUUUUACGGAAUAAGGCGACUUUCAGAGAAGUGAUUCCUUUACGCAAUACAGAACUUAUCGGCAGAAUUCACCAGACUUACCGCGUUCAAUAUAUCCAGGAGUGUUGUCUCCCCCCUCCAUGCUUGUUUGAUGAACAGACUUUAUCUCAGCUGAAAACUUUUGUUUCACUCAAUAAACUGGAGAUAAUCCGUGCCCUCCAAGACGAUGAGGAAUUUAUGUGUCGGCUGUUUGCCCGUCUAAAGUCACCUGACAUUGACCUUGCUCAUCGACGGGAGCUCUCCCUGUUUGUGAAGGAAUUCUGUAAUAUCUCGAUUCAAACUGAACAGAAGGAAAGUUUUCUCAGCUGCCUUUUUCAGCAUGGGGCAUUGAGAGUCGCAGAGGUUCUGCUUGCCAUCAGUGAUAAAGAUAUAAAGUCCGCUGCGUUGGAAAUCCUGCAAGCAUUUGUCGAACAUCAGCCUUCUGCUGUCCGGGGUUAUGUGUAUAGGGAGACUGCUCCCACCCGAAAGGAUGACGAUUUACUCAUUAACUUGAUGAUAAACCAGCUUUUGGCGGAUUCCGAUCCAGGUAAAUUGUGGUUGAAUUAUCACACGCAUUCAUUAGAGUUGAGUGAUGCGUUCAUCCUUGGAUACAUGCUCCGUAUUCUCAUCGAUCCCGAUAAUAUGAAUAACACGGGUGUGCGCGGGGAGAAAACCGAAUUCCUUAGUUUUUUUUACAAGCGGUGCAUCAACACUUUGGUACGUCCACUGUUUGAGAACACAGCAGAAGAUAUGUUACAGAAAGAUGAUUAUCAUACCGCUCUCGUACUGAACCAUGUACUGGAGCUGUUGACGUUUUGUAUAGAAACUCAUACCUAUCACAUGAAGAACUAUUGUUUCAACCGCGACCUUCUGAAGCGUGUGCUCGUUCUUCUGCAAUCCUCCCACAAGUUUCUGGUUUUAGCUUCCUUGAGGCUCCUGCGGCGAGUGGUGCAUAUGAAAGAAGAAUUCUAUAAUCGUUAUUUGAUUAAAAAUAACCUAUUCAAACCUGUCAUUAAGUUGUUUGUGGCAAAUGGUCAUCGGUACAACCUGCUCGACUCCGCAAUAAUCGAACUGUUCGAAUAUAUUCGUUCGGAAAAGAUCAGUUCCCUCAUAACACAUGUGGUCGAGAACUUCUGGGAUAUUUUGAAAAAUGUGAAUUAUGUUCAAACCUUCAGCGACUUGAAGCGGGUCUACGAUCACAGCCACAGACCUACUAGGCCUACUCUAGUUGGUUCUGUCGGGCACCAAACCACCCUUGAUGUGCUGUCGCUGGUGAACGUCUCUAGUACCCGCUUUCAACGCGAUGCACGUGCUCUAGAGAUGGAGGAAGAACAAUGGUUUGAUCAGGACGAUGAUGAUGAUGAGGAAGACGAAGAAACCCACCUAUUCCCGUCCCAGUCGACUCCACUUGUGAAUGGUGCUGUCAACGGUGUCGGUUCUACCAAUGCACUUCCGUCUAACACGAUCACAGAUGGGUUACCAACAAUGCCUAGUUUUGAACCCCAUCCAGUGGGCGCGGGAACACCCAGCUCAGAGCUUCUAGGAAUUUCUGCGUUGACCUCCCAACAAUCACCCUUCUCGCUCUCAAUUUCACCUACCACUAGGGAUUCUGUGUUUUCUCCUUCACCGUCCUCCACUGCUAGUUUGUUUAAAAGUGGUGUAGAUUCUGAGGUGCUUCCUGUCGUCAGCCCUACCCGACCUCAAGAGUUCGCUGAUAGUCGGUCUCGACACUCUGUUAUCGAUGAAGCACUUCCCUUAACUCGUCCUAUUCCCCGCCAAACACUGCCGAUUUCAAUUCAUUUGAAGUCCGAACUUCCUACAUCGACGUCCCAUGACAGCUUACAUGAUCAGGCUGCUUUGGUUUCUGACUCCACAUUACGCGAGGAAGAUUCGUCAGCUGAUGUCCCCAAUAAGGAGAAAUCGUCUUCAGACGUAGAGGCUGAGGAGCCAACAUCAUCUAUGCCCCACGCGUCAGAGCCACUACACGGCAAGCGUGCGGUAUCUGCAGGUGAAGAAUGCUUAAAGGCAUCGAAACGGUCCAAGAAACCCCGAACUAUUCUUGCCAACGUCCCUUCGUUGGUCCCCUCUGUCGCCAGUCUUUUUUCGGAUGAUCUCAAUAGUUAUUCAGGCACAACCAAUCCUAUGGAUGUGCUCCCUAAGUCCCCAACGGAUAACGUGGAUGCCGAAAUGUCUUCAGUUGGCUUGGUUGAUUAUUCAGAUGAAGAAAGUGACGAGGAGGAUACUACAGGAAGAACAGUCGAGAAUGGAGUUGAUGAAAAAGCCAUGGCUGUAACUACCUCUGGGACGCUCGGGGACAAAGUUGCCUCAGACGACAUUAGCUGUGAAGUUUCUUCUAGUCUAUCGUCGACUGAAGUUUCUUGACUUCAUGUGCUUACGUUCUAUCCCCUCGUCGAAUGAAAUUUUCAACCAUGAAUAUCGUUCAUGUGCCUUUCUUACCUUGUGUUCUUCACUCUGUCCGUGGCUUCAGCUAACAUCCGUUUAUGAACCCAAUUGUAUGCCUAGCCCACCCGUCACAGACGAUUACGGAGUGUUCUUACUCAUGUUCCUGCCGCCCAUUGUACAUAGUACCUUAGAGUAACUUGUUGCACCAACGAUGCUGGGGACUAUUCGGGUUACUCCUCUUCCCUAGCAACCUUUUUCACAGAUGUCCUUGCUUGUUUGUAAUUCUUUUGUAAAGACUAAUCCCCCGCGUGUUUUUGAGCCAUACAGUCCGUCACAUUUCAGUUGGCAAGAGCAUCGCACAGAUGUUUAUCUCCCAAUCUAAACAAAUGCGUGUCGUUAAUCCCACCUGUAUUCUAUACUUGUUCACAAAGAUCGGCUGUGUCUAAUUGCUACCAGACAGCGAUGUCAUUCAGUUUGUGCGCCCGUUUGCAUAUACAGUGUAGUGUGAGACCAGUACAUCGCUGCAUAAUAAAGUAACUUACGAAUUCGG